UAGUCUUAAAAAUACUGCCGCGUCGUGUCUCGACUGUACGCGCCUGUUUGCACUGUUGAGGUGGAGACGCGUUGACCGGUGAUGGAGUGGCGACCGCUGUCUGCAGUGGGCUAUGAGACCGUUUACUCAGAAGCGCAGAGAUGGAUUGAGGCAGUCACCAAGAAGAAGUUUGGGAGCAGUAAUUUCCGCAGUUCUCUGGAGAAUGGACUACUGUUGUGUGAUCUGAUCAACAAGAUCAAACCUGGCAUCAUCAAGAAACUAAACAGAUUUUCCACACCUAUUGCUGGCCUGGACAACGUCAACCUCUUCCUAAAAGCCUGCGCUAAGCUUGGACUAAAAGAAGCACAACUUUUCCACCCAGGAGACCUGCAAGAUUUAUCCACACGUGUGACUGUCAAGCACCAGGAGAGCAGCAGGAGGCUCAAAAAUGUUCUAAUCACCAUAUAUUGGUUGGGAAGAAAGGCACAUGCUGAUCCUUUUUAUAAUGGACCUUACCUAAAACUGAAGGCUUUCGAGGGAUUACUUGGCACCACACUAUAUAAGGCUCUAGAGGAUUGCACAUCACUGCGGGCCAGUGUGCCAAACCGCUCUUAUCCAGAUAGCUGGUACUCAGAAAGAGAAGAGCUCAUCCCGCUGCGGGCCGGACACAGGAGAGAAGACUCUCUAGACAGCCUCAAUUCGCUGGGCUCCAGGACCUACAGCACAUCCUCAGACACCACACUCAAAGGCAGCAGCGAGGGUUGUGGCAGUGACCCUGAAGCAGAUCUGAGCUUCACCAUGGCAGACAGUAAGGAGUACCGCCGUUCACAGGUCAUAGCACCUAAGACUACCACUCAGUUCAAUCAGUUUCUCCCAACACGGGACAAGCAGUCCGGCUACGUUCCAGCACCAUUACGCAAGAAACGCGCAGAACGAAAUGAAGACAACAGAAGAAGCUGGGCGAGCCCUAUGUUCACAGAAGAUGAUGGCACUUUCACUAGUCCCAGUCCUGAAAUGGUAGGUUCAGACUCUUCAUCUUUGACCGGGUUGAAACCUCAGACAGCAGCCCACCAGGCUUCGGUUUAUGAGUAUGAGAGCAGUGAUUCAGAGGCAGAUCGACCGGAUCCUGAUGUGGUUCUAGAUGACCUCGCUAGUCGUAGAUUUCACAGCCCUUCUCCUGUCGCUCCGACCAACUUUGCCUUACCCAUGAGCCCGCUGGAGGCAACUGCUGUCCCUUGCACCACCAGACCCCAUGUGUUCAUCAGUAAUGUGCCCCGGCAGACACUGACCCAUCUCAGCAGUCAGUCACAGGCUCUCCAGAGGACUCACAGGAGGCCUGAAUCUGCCGACGUCUGCAUUUAUGAUGACUCUGAGGAGGAGGAUGAUGAGUUUGGCUAUGCCGAUCCUGUUCAAGAUGACCUUUAUGCCCGUAAAGUAGGCCUGAUGCCUCAGCUGUCUGCCACGGUGCCUUUUGAUAAAUUUCUGCCCAAAUUCUGGACACCCGAGGAGGACGCGCACAUCAAGAAGAUCAAACUGGGCUCCCAGCGUCGCCCUUGGUACAGGAAGAUCCAGGGUUUCAGCCACAAGAAGUCAGGUUCGUCCUCUGAAGAAUCAGAUGGUGAUGUCAAUCCCUGGCAUUCUGUGCCCACUUUCUCCCGCACUCAGUCUGAACCCCCUCACUCUCACUCCCAUUCACCUGAAGGCCUUGCUCUGCCCUGCCUCACUUCCACACACAGUUCUCAAACACAACCCUUCACUGUUGCUCAGCAGAUUGUUGGGUUGCCUAAAUUUGAGCCACCUGAUUUUUGGCCCAGUCCAGAUCCCUCCUCUGGCCCCAGACUCAUUAAAUGUGAAAAGCAUCCACUCCUUGGACGAGAACAUCCUAACGACCCAUACAACGUUUCUGCCGACAUCCUGCCUGAUUUGGAAAAUGAUGAUAUGUUUACACGUCGCACAAAUGCCUUCCACUCGAGCGAUGACCUGGCCAAGCUGAAGUACGGAAACUUCCUUGUGCCUCGCCGUAGAUCAGAGGCAGACGUCACGGUGGUAAUUCAGCCCCGUCAUGAGGGCGAACCUGUGUAUCCUGACAUUGAAAAAGACGAUGUGGUUUCUAGAAAAGUUCAACAGCAAAUCAGCCAUCGCCCUCUGUCCGGGGCCCCUGAUAACUACCACCCUGUUCCUAUUCCAGAAACAUGGUCUUUACCACCAAAACUGCAGGCCAAGCUGAUGAGUGACCCAACUGAACCCAGACAGUGCAGACCCACAGCAGAGAUGAAACCGCAUCUGAAAACAGACGAUAUGCUGCUUAGGAAGCUGAGAGCUUUAAAUACCCAAGGAAUGGAGGGCAGGAUAGCUCCCGGUAUUUCGUUGUCUUGCAGUGAGGAUGAUAUGCAGAAAUGGCAGGCCAUCAGAGAGGCCAGUCGAGUGCGGUACCGGAAGAGGCUGAUGGUGGAGAGACUUUUCCAGAAAAACUCUGAUAGUGAAGGGAGCAAAUCAGUGAGCGACAUUACAGAAGGUAUGAUGAACGCCAACAACUCUGCGAUGGAGUUGCGGUUUGAAGAGCUGGCGAAGAUGCGUAACCGUUUGAAGGAGAGUGAGGAUAAGUGGCAAGACGAUCUUUCAAGGUGGAAGAGUAAGCGCAGGAGUGUCAAUUCUGACAUUGUGAAGAAGAAAGAGGAACGAGAGCAGAUUGAGCAGAUCACUUCAGUUGGCACCAGGAAAUCAAAAACUUUCAAGGAGAUGCAGGAUGAGAGAGAGAGCAGAGGGCAAAGCAACUUAAGGGACAGCUUUAACUCCAUCGUUGAUGAUGUCUUUGAAGAUCCUGUUCCCCGAAGCAGAACUCUGCCACCACGUAGCUACACCAUUGACACCCCUUACACUGCCACAGACAAACCCUUUGUACCCUCCAUACCAUCACUCAGAGAAAAGGAACCGGUGGCUGGAACCCUGGCAUCAGAUCAGACAGAUUUAUCAACCAAACCUGCCCGUGCCAGUCCUGAUAUCCCAGAUAAAAUUAAUAACAGCAAUCAGGUGAGCCAAACGAUGACCCAAAGUCUUCUGGACGAUCCCGUUCCUGCUUUUUCCAACAGCAACACCAGCCUGAUUAAGUCAGCCAGUGCCAUCAAGCCCACCAGCAGCACUAAACCCAACAUCUCGGAGUUUAUUAGCAACACUAAAGUAGCUGAGAGCUCCAGUGACGCCAUUAGCUCAUUGUAUAAGCCCAAUUCAAUGGAUACAAAGCCGUCUGGGCUGGAUCAGGUUUCCGCCUCCCUCCCGAGGAUCUACCAGAGAUCAGAUAGUGCAAGACUCACCUCUGUAGUCAUGCCCAGGCCGUUCGGCACACAGUCCAACAGAAUUGCCUCCCUUCCCAGAGCGUUCACGAUGGAUGACUCUCUUAAGCGCACAAAUGGAGAGACCGACAGCCUCAAGAAAACGGCAGUUCAAAACCGCUAUGCUCAGUACAUGACAGAUGAAGAAAAGUUCCAGCAAAGCCCUGAUCACAGCAGCGAAGAAGAGGAAGAGGAGAGAUCCUCAUCUCCUGUCCCUCUGGUCAACAGGGUGUCCCCCUUGCCCAAAUCUACAUCCCCGCUCAACCCUCCCAAUGAGGUGGGCUACAAUGAGAUGAGGAUCAGCUUGAACCAAAAGCCCAACAGCAGUCGAGACUUCGGCUUUCAGCAUGACUGGGACUCCACGGGUGUCCGUGUCAAAUCUGUAGCUCCAGGCAGCCCAGCAGAGUUUGGUCAGGUGCAGGCUGGAGAUGAGAUCCUAACAGUGAAUGGACACAGGGUGGCAGACAUGAGCUACAGUGAGUGGAAGAACAGUAUGGAGGAGGCCCUGCAGCAGGGCAGUCUACUUAUGGACAUCCGCAGACAGGGAAAGAACAACUGGGGCAGAGACCUACCUUCCCUUCCAUAUAAAAGCCAUAAGACCAUCAAUCUGACCAGUCUGGAUCCUCUAGGUCCCUCUGAGCCAUAUCACACCACCAGCCUGGACUUCACAUCCCAACAAUCCAAGGACGCCGUUGUGAAAGCCGUCAACGUCAGCUCACAGCCAGCUUAUAAUCAUGGCUCAAAUGGGAUAAAUGGUGCUUUCCGUGAGGAUUCAGAGAGUGUAAAUAAUAAAGAAUCCAUUUCUUUGAAAAACUUAAAAAGGAGAUCAGAGUUUUUUGAACAAGGUAACAUUGCUGGUGGAUCUGAAACACCGAUAUUAAAUGUUCCAGUGCCCUCCAUCACUGCAUCCACUGCACGCAGGUCCUGGGACCCAGAAGAAGAGCGCAGACGACAGGAGAAGUGGCAGAAAGAGAAUGAGCGUUUGCUGAAGGAGAAGUACAAAAAGGACCAAGAAAAACUAGACGAGGAGUGGAAAAAGGCACAGCAAGAGCUUAACAAGGAAAACUUCAAAACUGAUGAGGAGCCGAACAGACACAACCUCCACACUCCUCUGUCCCCCAGCAGACAACCUGCUGUUUCAUGGGAAGAGCAGAAUGCUUCCAAACUGGCCCAGAUAGAAGAAGACAAAAAGAAAAGACAAGAGGAGAUGCAGCGUUUAGAGGAAGAGAGGAGAAAACGAGAGGAAGAGAUGCUGCGUUUACAGGAAGAGAGGAGGAAACGAGAGGAACAACAGCGUCUUGAGGAGGAGAAGAGGAGGAAAGAAGAAGAGGAGAGGAAAAAACAAGAAGAGGAGAAGCAGCGUUUAGAGGAGAGGAGGAAGAGAGAGGAACAACAGCGUCUGGAGGAACAGAGGAGGAAGAGGGAAGAGGAACAGCGCCUCUUUCAGGAGAAAGAGAGGAACAGAAGAGAGGAGGAGAAGAAGAGAUUUCAGGAGCAAGAUAAGGUGGACUCCUUUGGCUAUACCAAUGUUUACCCUGAAUUAUCCUACUCACACAGGUCCAUUUCCAAAUCUACCCCAGAACUUGAUGAAGUUGCAAAAACAGAUAUUAAAGGUGUCUACGGCAAACACAGGGGUUUGGCAGGAUGGCUGUUGGAGGAGGAACUGAGGCGAAAGAAAAACCCUCAAAUGCAGAGAAAGCAGGCAGCGAGCGAGCUAGAGCUCGAGAGGAGAAGCAUUCUCAAUGCCAUGAAAUACCGAAACCCAGAGAGAGCGAGCGGUGGUCUAAGUGAUGUCAACAGAGACUAUCAGAAAGAGCCUCUGACUCAGUCUGAGCUCGAGAGGCAGCAGAUCCUUCAGGAAAUGAGGAAGAAAACUUCCCUGAACACAGACAACAGCUGGAUUCGCCAGAGCACUGCUAGUGUCCCUGCCAAAGAGCCAAUCGAUCUACCCAUGAGAAGAGGUGAGUCUCUUGACAACCUCGAUGAGCCCCGUUCCUCCUGGAGAUCAUCAUGGAGCACGUCGAACAGCACCUCAUCCAUACCAGACUACAGCCGGCCUCAUUCAGCCCUCUCUGGCUCUUCGUUGCAGCAGGCUGGACGUCCAGGGUCUGCCACUAUGCAGGCAUCUCAAUCCAUGAGCUCUCUCAGGCAGUCCACUUCCACACCUGCAAACCAACCAGAGCCUCGAGCUCAACAGAGAAACAGGUCAGUGAGUGGCAGGAAAAUCUGUUCGUUCUGUAAUACACCGCUGGGCAAAGGAGCAGCCAUGAUCAUCGAGUCCCUGGGGCUUUGUUAUCAUUUGACUUGUUUCAAGUGUUCUGACUGCAGGUCUGAUCUGGGAGGCUCACAAGCAGGAGCAGAAGUCAGAAUACGAAACCAGCAGCUCUAUUGUAACGUCUGCUAUAUGCGGCUCAAAACUGGGCAGCCCACAGCCAUGUGAUCUCGCUGUACUGCAGCAGAUCCAGGAGGAACCAAUCACAGACAAGGAACUAUAAACGCUCAAGAUUGAUGAAUAUUAGGGGAUUUCACCAGCCUUGAUUAUUGAGUGUGCUUCUGUUCUUCUCUUUUUUUUUUUUUACAGAGAUUCCUAAGGUUGUUUAUUUGAAUUUAAGUAUUAGUAAUUGUUUGUACAAAAAAAAAUGCAUGUACCUGAAUAUGAGCUAUGCAUUUUGAAACGUACACAGGCUUGUUUUUUGAACAUUCAUAAUUCAUACACUGUCUUUUGGAAAUUCUUUUUGAUUUCUGGCUGUUUAAGAGAUGUCUGUACGGCCCAAAAAGUGUUUAUAGGAAAUAAUAGAGAAAUGCUAUUAUCAUUGUUAAUGCUUAUAGUUUAUAGGUUUCUCCUGCAGUUUGUGCUAUAUAAGGGUUUGUUGACUAAAAUAUCCUGUUAUUCCUUUUCAUCUGUGCCUUUUUGUGUUCUGGUGGGGAAAGAUGAUUAAGGAUAAAACCAUUAAGAAUUUAAGAGUGGCACGGUUGGUAAGCAGUGCUCAUGAGAUAUACACAUUGCAUUGGUAGCACCUCUUUUAUGCAGUUCCUCUGCAGGGGGAAGAUGGAUCUAGAACAAAAGCAGCAUAUAUAGUAAUAAUUGUAAAUAAAAUUGCCAAACUAUAAA